AAAGCCCAUCUCAUUAGCCGCCCCAUCCCUUCCUACUUCGGUUUCGUAGACAACUAACGCAAACCGCAGAGGCGCUGGAGACGAAGCCUACUGCCGAAACCCAAUCGGAAAGAGAGUGCCGACUGCUGGAGAAGCCACCGGUAGAGAGACGCCGCCUCCGUUUCCUCCAGACGCCGCUGCACCCUCCAGUAAAAUUUAUGAAUUUGAAUUUUAUUUCAGAAAUAAUCCAAUAGCUAUAGGUCCUAAAGACCUAAACAUCUAUCCGGUAGUAAAAAAACGUAAAAAGAGAAAACAAGAUGAAGAUUGGGAAAGUAUCAAGCCGGAUAAGAAACGCUUUGGUCAUUUAUUUAUUUUCUUCUAAUAGUAUUACUUUAGUUAUCCUUUAUAUAUCAUUAGUUUACAUAUGUUAAUUUGCUAGACUUUAGAUAUAGGGCCUUUUUUUUAAUCUCGGCCCAAGCCGUUGAAUUCUCAGGACCGGCCCUGAACUUGAUACAUGCUUAGUAGCUAAGUGUAGUUGGGCCUAUUAUUGAGUUGUAAUUGGGUUGUGGUUGGGCUGUAGUGAGUUUGUUGUGAAUUAGUUAAGCUUCUAACUAAUUCAGUUGUAUAAUCUUGCUUAAAUAGGCAUGUAAGCUCUGUAUAACACAAGAAAAUACAUUUCAUCGUCUUCUUCCUUUUAUCUCUGCAAUUCUCUUUCUCUUCUACAAUUCCAUUGAAACAGCUUAGUUCGAGCACUAAUCUUCGAUAAAGUCCUACAUUUAUUUAGUAGCUACUCGAAUUAAGCAAUUAAUUCAUGUUCUACAUCACAAGUCUCUCCCUCAAUAGCAUAUCUCUAUCUCUCGCGGCUCUCUGGUGGAAUUUUCUAUUCAUAUCUCCAUAGGUUCUCAAAGGUUCGCUUCUUCUACAAGAUUGGGCUUCAUCGUCUAAGAAGUCUCACACAAUUUUUAAGACUCUCGACUCUCACAGGGAAAAAUGCAGGCAAGUGAUAGAUUUAAUAUCAACUCCCAGCUCGAGCACUUGCAGGCUAAAUAUGUAGGAACUGGACAUGCCGACCUGACAAGAUUUGAAUGGGCAGUGAAUAUACAGCGUGAUAGCUUUGCCUCUUAUAUUGGACAUUACCCAAUGCUGUCUUACUUUGCUAUUGCGGAGAACGAAUCUAUUGGUAGAGAGCGCUACAAUUUCAUGCAGGUUGGUGUUUAUUUUCUGCAUUUAACUUGAUUGUACUAUGUGUACUCUGCAUUAUUUUAGUGUUCCUCACUGCUUUUCUGUCUUGCUGUCUUAUGCUCCUUAUAUGUGGUCAUGUUUUAUCUACUUUACCUGAUCUUGUUUAUAUUAUUUUCUCCCAUUUACCACUCACUCUAUUCGGAUUUAGCUAUCCAUUUCUUCGUAUUUGCGCAUCCAAAAUUAGAAAUAUAUUGUCCUCUUACUG